GCAGUCAGUCACUGAAGACACACAGAGCUCAUCAGACCAGCACAGAGCAAUGGAGAGAGGGAGGACAGUAGAGAUAAUAACAGAGAAGAUGAAGAGUUGAUUAUACUUGAGCAGAAUGCUGCUUCUGAGGAAAUAGAUAAAGGAAAGAGAUUUUUUUUUCAUGUGCACUUAAUGUGCACGGAGCUAAUCAAAUGUGACUAAAGUUGGACAGUUAGUGGAAAUGGGUAGGAAGAUGAUGCAGAGGUUUUGGCAAUGCUGAGAUGGAAAAGGACAAGAGCAAGUUCGCCUACCUGAGCCGCUUUCUGAACUUCCACCUUUCCAAAAAGAACAAAGCCUUGGCUCGCAGUCCUCCGAACUGUAACAGAUCAACAGCUGCACCAGGCAACAGCCCUGGCACUUUACCUGCAGAGAGGAACCACUGGACGGAAGAUGGAGAUAUCAAAGAGAUCAACAUUACCCAUGUGGUCAAGGAGGGCUCAGAGAAGGCUGAUGCUUCUCAGUUUGAACUGCUCAAAGUGUUGGGACAGGGAUCGUUUGGCAAGGUGUUCCUGGUGCGAAAGGUCACCGCUCCCGAUGCCAACCAGCUCUACGCCAUGAAGGUCCUCAAGAAGGCCACGCUGAAAGUGAGAGACCGUGUGAGAACUAAGAUGGAGAGAGACAUCCUAGCUGACGUCAACCACCCAUUUGUUGUCAAACUGCACUAUGCAUUCCAGACUGAAGGCAAGUUGUACCUGAUCCUGGACUUUCUCAGAGGAGGAGAUCUCUUCACCAGACUCUCCAAAGAGGUGAUGUUCACAGAGGAGGAUGUGAAGUUUUAUUUAGCGGAGCUGGCGUUAGGACUGGACCACCUCCAUAGCCUGGGCAUCAUUUACAGGGACCUCAAACCUGAAAACAUUCUCCUGGAUGAGGAGGGACAUAUCAAACUCACAGAUUUCGGCCUGUGUAAAGAAGCCAUUGAUCAUGAGAAGAAAGCGUAUUCCUUCUGUGGUACUGUGGAGUACAUGGCACCUGAGGUUGUGAACAGGCAGGGACACGACCAGAGCGCCGACUGGUGGUCAUUUGGAGUACUUAUGUUUGAGAUGUUGACUGGAUCGCUGCCAUUUCAAGGAAAGGACCGCAAAGAAACUAUGAGCCUGAUUCUGAAGGCGCGCCUGGGAAUGCCUCAGUUCCUCAGUGCAGAGGCUCAGUCUCUGCUCAGGGCUUUGUUCAAGAGGAACCCUUCCAACAGAAUGGGAUCUUGUGCUGAUGGUGCAGAGGAGAUCAAACGGCAUGGUUUCUUCUCCACCAUCGACUGGAACAAACUCUUCAGGCGAGAAUUAAAACCCCCGUUCAGACCAGCAGUGGCGCGUCCCGACGACACCUUCUACUUUGACUCUGAGUUCACCUCCCGUACCCCUAAAGACUCCCCCGGUGUGCCCCCCAGUGCUGAAGCUCACCAGCUUUUCAGAGGCUUUAGCUUCAUUGCGUCGCCUUUGUUGGACGAGGAAGGGUCUGUGGAGCCAGCCAAGCCUCACCCAGUGGUCCAGCAAUUACACGGAAAGAACCUGCUGUUCAGCGACGGUUACGUGUUGAAGGAAGACAUCGGCAUGGGGUCCUUCUCUGUCUGUAAACGCUGUAUCCACAAAGCCACCAACACAGAAUACGCUGUUAAGAUGAUUGAAAAGACCAGUACAGACCCCUCUGAGGAGAUUGAGAUUCUGCUUCGAUAUGGGCAGCACCCUAACAUCAUAACACUGAAGGAUGUGUACGACAACGGUAAGCAGGUGUUCAUGGUGACAGAGCUGAUGCGUGGAGGAGAGCUGCUGGAUCGCAUCCUCAAACAGAAGUUCUUCUCAGAGAGAGAGGCCAGCUCUGUGCUUCACACCAUCACCAAGACUGUGGAGUACCUACACUCACAGGGGGUGGUGCACAGAGACCUGAAGCCUAGCAAUAUCCUCUAUGUUGAUGAGUCGGGGAAUCCAGAUUCUAUCAGGAUCUGUGAUUUUGGCUUCGCUAAGCAACUGCGUGCCAACAACGGCCUGCUGAUGACCCCGUGCUACACUGCUAACUUUGUAGCUCCUGAGGUGUUGAAACGUCAGGGCUAUGAUGAAGGGUGUGACAUCUGGAGUCUAGGAGUCUUACUGUACACCAUGCUGGCCGGCUUUACUCCAUUUGCCAACGGACCUGAGGACACCCCAAAUGAGAUCCUGAACAGAAUAGGAAACGGUCACUUCAGUCUAGUUGGAGGCAACUGGGACACAGUGUCUGAAGCUGCCAAGGAUCUUGUGUCGAAGAUGCUUCAUGUGGACCCGCAUCAGAGACUGACUGCUCAGCAGGUCCUCAAACAUCCUUGGAUUAUCCAGAGAGAAAAACUGCCCAACAGCCAGCUCCCUCAUCAUGACCCCAAACUGGUCAAGGUAACAAGACGUUUUCUAUCAAAAACAUAUCAGUUACAGAGAACUGAUUGGAUAUUUUAUUUUCCUACAUGAUACAGUAUAACAACG